AUGGACAAGACAGCCCUUUCCAGUAAUUGGAAGAAGCUUCAGGCGACCUUGAAGAAAGACACUCCCAAGCGCAAGCCCUCCGACCGCGACGCUGGAGAUGGCAUCGUGAAGAAACGCAAGUUGACCGAGAAGCAAAAACCAUAUACCCGAGACGCCAAACCAGCUCUCAAGCGCAAGAGAAUGUCCGAGAAGACAGAGACAAGCGAUGCCGUCCCGGUUGAAACGAGCUCGCGUUGUAAGGAAAAUGAAGGUCGUUCGCCAACUGCCGAACUAGGAAGAUAUGUCGCCAUGGAUUGUGAGAUGGUGGGGGUCGGACCAAACCCAGACAACGACUCGGUGCUUGCCCGCGUCAGUGUGGUGAACUUCAACGGAGACCAAAUAUACGAUUCGUACGUGCGGCCAAAGGAGAUGGUGACAGACUGGCGCACUCAUGUGAGCGGCAUCGCCCCUAAGCACAUGAUCGAGGCACGCACUCUCGAGCACGUCCAAAAGGAAAUUGCAGAUAUCAUGAAGGAUCGCAUCCUUGUCGGCCAUGCCGUCAGCAAUGAUCUGGACGCUCUGCUCCUUGGCCACCCCAAGCGCGAUAUCCGCGAUACGAGCAAGCACGCACCAUACCGGAGAAUUGCGGGCGGUGGUUCACCGCGUCUGAAGAUGUUGGCUGAGGAGUUCUUGGGAAUUAAGAUUCAGGAUGGAGCGCACUCCAGUGUGGAAGAUGCUCGGGCUACAAUGGCUCUGUAUCGCCGGGAGAAGGACGCCUUUGAGCGUGAACAUUUGAAGAAAUGGCCUGCUCGGAUGAUUGCCGACACUAGGGAGAAGGGCGAGGGUCAGAAAAAGAAGAAGAAGAAGAAGACCCACCGCAAGCGUUGA